AAAAGAGAAGAUAUGGCACCUCCGCCACCUCCCCACUCAGUCCCGACCUCUCUCACCCUGCCUCAUCUGAUCCUCCUGCACCUCCCUCGGCAACACCCUUGUCUCUCUUCUUAUCUUCUUCUUCUUCUGAUAGUUUUUCCAUUUCAUGGGCUUCGGAUAGCAGUAUAAGUAUUUGCUAAGUUAGAAUAAAGAUGCAAAUGUGCAUCCCAUGCCUCUUUUCUGCUUCAUGAAUCUUUGUUCUGAUUUGUGAAUGGCAUUUUUCCCACUUUGCAUUGCUGUUGUGGAUGAUCUGUUGCUCCAGUCAAAGCUGGGUUCAUUGCUUGUAUUUGCUAAAUUAUGUUUUCACCAGCAAAUAAAGUAGCUGUUUCAUUCUUGUUGCUAUAAAGGUGGAGAUAAAAGUUAAUUGGGAUCCUGUCCCUUCCCUUGCUUCUGAAAGAGUAACCAUGGCCUCUUGGAGUAUAAGAUUUCUAAAUCAAAGCUUAGGAAAGAGGAGAGCUUCGAGGAGAUUUGAAGAUGUAAAGAUUUUUCACAUCAGUAAAUUGGCGGAUAAAGAGGAAUAGAAGAAAUAGCUUUGUAUGCCGUCAUUUGAGUUUGCAGGACCCUCGGAGAGUCCAAUCUAAGUGAGGAGACGGCUGUGGAAGAUGGGCAGUGGUGGAGGAGACGGAGGUGCUGAUAUGGAAGAUUGGCAGUGGUGAUGGUGGUGCCAUUAUCUUCUUUUUCUAAUUAAUUAAUCAUUGUAAGUGGACUAUUAUGCCCUUUAAACAAGUCACAUGAGAUGCAUGCGACUUAGUUUGGCCGGAAAAAGUCAUCGGAAAUUCAAUUGAGGGUGCAACAUGCCUAUUUUUAAAUAGAUCAGGGGGCAUCGUGUAACUUUUUAGAGGCUGGGGGCAUAGUACAACUAGUCCCAAAGGUUAAGGGCAAAUUACAUUUUACUCUUAAUAAUAAACUAUUUGUCAUUUCCUAAAGACUUUCUGUGUAGGUGAAUAAUUGUUGACCUCGAACUAUCCGUGCAUUUAUAUUGAUUAGGGCACUUGCGUCUGAAUGCAUGUCGCGGCACUAUAUAUACGUACUACAAGUCUGCAUAUAUGAUGUAUCAUAUAUUCAUCAUAAGUGUGUAUCUAUUUUGUGGGAGGGAUUGGUGAGAUUGGGUGUGGAGGACUAUAGGGGCGAUAUUGAUGAUGUUACUAUUAUUAGAUUGUGAGAUGAGCGGAAUUAGGGUGUUAGGGCGAAUGGAUGAUAAAAGGGUUGGGCUGCUUAACCUCAAAGCCGCCCUCAACUUCCCAAAAUGUGCCGCUCUUCCCACACGGCGAUCCGAUCAGGAAGACUGCUGCCGAUGGGAGGGAGUUGAGCGCAACAUCAUCAAUACUACGUGGGUGGCCGGGCUCCGACUCAGUGUUAAAGACUAUGGGCUCAUAUGGCCGUGGUCUCUUGAUGCUUCCGUGUUCCUUCCUGUUGAGGAACUACAAGUACUCGACUUGAGCUGGAAUAAUGUUCUUGCUGGUUUGAAGCUGGAGACACUAGACAUUUCGGAUAAUAGAAUGAUCAACGAGGGUGAGUUCUCGGUCAUUGGGCGUAUGACAUCUCUUAAGCACCUGUCAAUUCAAUGGAAUCAUCUGAACAACUCAAUAUUCGAAGGCAAGUACUCCGAGAAAUAAUUUCUUUUAACUUGGGCAGCAUUUGGGGUAGUCAUGGCAUAUGUAAACGGUUAAUUUAUUAAUUACUAUAAUUAAUUGUGGCUUCCAUUAAUUUAACUAGCUGCAAUUCAAAAGGCCUGUGUAGAUUGACGGGUCUUGAGGAGUUAGAUAUCAGUUCAAAAUGAAUUCGUGGGCAGCAUUCCACGGUGCCUUUUCAACAUGAUCUCCGUCUUUCUAUAUGCCCGACCUUUCUCGUAACUAUUUUGGUGGCGCCAUUCCACCGUCACUCUUCUCCAGCCUCAAGUUGCUUAAAUUUAUCUCUUUCCGGCAAUGCUUUCGGAGGCUCAAUUUCACUUGCCUCAUUGGCUAACAACUCUAAGCUCAGAGUGUUUGACCUCAUGAACGACUACCAUGAAUCGAGGAUUGAAACAAAGAAUCCUCCAUAUGCCCGGUCACUUCAGUUAAUCCGCUUCGGCUUAUCAAACCGCAAUUUCAGCAAGCCGAAUGGUACUGCUCCCAGUUUUCUACUGCAGCAACAUGACUUGGUAGUACUUAAAACUCAGCAAUUGUGGAUUGGAGGGAGAGUUCCCAAGUUGGAUACUGCACAACAACAAAAAGCUAAAAGCCAUCAAUCUUAGGGGUAACACUAUCUCUGGUAGGCUCGGCUUGAAUUCCACUUUCAUCAAUAUACAAAAAUGAAGGCGGACGAUCUGUCCUCCAAUUCUUUGGAAGGAGACCCCCCGUCUUAUAUUGGCUUCAUCUUUCCAUAUUCGAUGUCUCUGAAUGUGCCCGGAAAUUCCUUGCAAGGUGGAAUCCCUUCUUCAAUGUGUCAGACAGGACAGUUGCAGAUCCUAGACGUGUUUAGUAACAGAUUUGUAGGAGAGCUACCGGAGCAACUAAUGCGUUGUCAAUCACUGUCAUACUUGCAGUUGUCAAACAAUAGUUUGAGAGGCCAGGUUUUACAAAUGGCAGCAAACUUGUCACGAUUGAUGUAUCUGUACUUGAGUAACAAUCAAUUUUCUGGGGAGAUGUCACCGUGGUUGCUCAAUAGCCACCCUUUUUUAACUUUUCUGGACGUGAGCAAUAACUCCUUGUCAGGAUCUAUACCAGAUUGGGUUGGAAAUUUCCAAGGACUGGAUUACCUUAUACUGGCAAGUAAUAAUUCCUUCAAGUUGUCCUACACCAGAACAUUUGCAUUUGGAAAGAAACAACCUCACGGGAGCAUUGCCACAAUGUUCGGAACAACAAGUUGUCAGGUGGUAUUCCUUCUUGGACUUGGUUUUCUUUCAAACUUGAGGGCUCUCUUGCUUGCAGGAAAUAGUUUUGAAGGGCUAAUACCACAGGAGCUGUGCCAGGCAAACAGUAUAAGCAUAAAUGAUCUCUCUCACAAUCAUCUUUCUGGAAGAAUUCCUUCAUGCUUUAGUAAAUUGGCAUUUGGGAAUUCACGGAUUCCUGAGGGGACAUUUACGCAUUCUUCUCUAGCUACGCACUGUCACAAGUUUUAUGGUGAAAAAACACCAAUUAAAGUUCAUUUAACAGUUCUUCAAGAGGUGGGUGUUCCUCCAGAAGUGCACUUCACAUCAAAGCAUAGGUUGGAAUCAUAUAAAGGUCACAUUUGGUAUCAUAUGUCCGGGCUGGAUCUCUCUUGUAAUAACUUGUCCGGCUCCAUUCCCUUCCAACUCUGCAAUUUGAGUAAUAUUCAUUCCCUGAACGUCUCAUACAAUCUUCUGGUUGGAGAAAUUCCGGUUUCUUUCUCUAAUUUAUACCAAAUAGAGUGCCUGGACUUCUCGCACAACAGCUUAAGUUGCAAGAUACCUCCUCAAUUGAUAAAAACUGCAGUUCCUAUCGUCAUUCAGUGUGGCCCGCAACAACUUGUCCAGCAUGACACCGGAGCAGAAAAAUCAAUUUGCGACUUUCGUAAGAGUGAGUUACGAAGGUAACUGCUUCUUAUGUGGACUGCCGUUGGGGAGUUGCAGCGGUUUGAAGGGAUCACCAACUCUGCCACCCUCAGAGCAUCAAGAGGACUCUUUUAUGAUCACCUUCAUCUGGAGCUUUGCAGGAUCAUAUGCCGUGGCAUUCUUCGUCACUGUCUUCUUCUUGUACCUCGACUCUUACUACAGGACCCUAUUCUUUGAUUUCAUCUUAGUACAGGACUCUCUUCUUUAAUUUCAUCUGUAGGUAGAUCCUGUCAUCCCGUACUUUUAUUGAUAGGCUUUUUUUCCAUGUACUGAAUAAGAGGAAUUCCCCGUACUCUUAUGUCCUCUAAAAUGUCUUUCUCUGUGUGUAAUUCAUGUUUCUUUCUUAUGACAGUGUACUGCAUUAUGC